AUGUUUUCGACAUACCUCAUUAGCCUGCUCACGCUGGGAAGCAUCGCCCAUGCUAUGCCAAAUUCCCCAGUUUCACCUCUCUCCAGGCGGAGCGUCACAUGCCUCACCGUCGGCGCCACGGCGACAGCAACUUGGACAAAUGCCGAGGGCCAGACCUGUACCUUUAAAGGUGUCGUUGGCAGCAACUACGGCGAGAAUGCCUCGGGCGGCGAUUACGCCUGCAACGGGAGAUGCGGCAGUGCUUGCGACGGCACCGCCAUAGGCAACGUAUACACGCAGGACUGCUUUACGCAUGAUAUCUGCAGCUACUUUGAAUUGUCUACGGAUGGAGCGUCCGACCCGAAUUGCGGUGCGGCGUACGUGGCUGCCGAAGACGAUUUGCUUUUGGGAUAUGUGGAUGGUUGCUCCCAGACCAAUCCGGACAACGCUGUUGCCCCUCCUACCACUUCGCCCGUCUGUAGCUGA